CUACAUGUUGUUUUCAAAAUUGAUGCUAGCAAAAACAUUAAUUUGAAUUGUUUAUUAAAUAAAUCACAGCUUUGAAUAGCUUAAUUCUAUUGUGGCUUUAAUCUCAAAUAUUUGUGAGUUUGCUAACUAACCUCAAACCAGAAAUUAAUGAUGUAUCAAUCAAAAAUAAAAUCCAACCAAGGACCGUAAUUUAAGAACCAACUUUUAAUGGAAACAAAACAUUGUAAUAAUCAAACUCAACAACAUCAUCAUCAUUGCCAUUGGUAUCUUGUUUAUCAUCUCAUUUUCUUUUGGCUAAUCAUUUCCCAAGCCUCCGGGGCCAUCAAGGAGAAAACCUGUGGAUCGCUUGAUAUCCGUGAUGUAUCCGAAUUAAAACAAUUGGAAAACUGUACAGUUAUUGAAGGUUCUCUUCAGAUAUCAACCAUUUAUAAUGGAACCUCGAGACACUUUGAAAACAUAAGUUUCCCUCUGUUGACGGAGGUUACCGAUUAUGUUUUAAUUUUUCGUGUCUCGGGCAUCAUUACCCUCGCCAAAUUAUUUCCUAACCUAACUGUAAUUAGGGGUCAACAUUUGUUUCAUAACUUUGCUCUCAUAAUCUAUGAUGUUACUGAUCUUCAAGAAAUUGGUUUGUCCAAUCUAACAACUAUCGUUAAAGGAGCAGUCCGCAUUGAAAAGAAUCGUCAUCUAUGUUUUGCGGAAACUGUUAAUUGGGAUCUUAUUGCCAAAUCUGGUAAAGGGUCCAAUCAUGUUAAGGAUAACAAACCUUUCAACGAAUGUCCAAAAUGCUAUAAAAAUGGUGCUAUUCCAGCUUGUCCGAUUUUGAAAAGUGGUGCUAAAGAGACUCACCAUGGUUUGUGCUGGAACUCAGAAAAUUGCCAAAGAAUAUGUUCCAACGAAUGUGAAUCACAAAAUCUCACAUGCAAUAUCAACAAUCCAAAGGAAUGCUGUGAUCCAUCAUGUAUUGGUGGAUGUACAGGAAAAACCAAUAAAGAUUGUCUCAUUUGUAAAAACUUUGUAAAAUAUGAAGGGCAUGAAAAGAUCUGUGUUAAACGUUGUGGUCCUAAUCAAUAUGAGUUUCUCUCUCGUCGAUGUGUAAGCUUCCAAGAUUGUAUUGCAUUAAGCGCAUCAGAUGAUAAAGACAAGAAAAAAACAUACAAGAUUUUUGAAUCACGGAACAAUACGCUGCAGAAAUGUUUAGCUGAAUGUCCACCGGGUUAUCAACAAAGUCCCGAAGAUGAGCACAAAUGUGAUCGAUGUCAAGGAUCUUGCAAGAUAACCUGUAAAGGGAAUAGUACUAUAACCAAUGUUGCUGCUGCUCAAAAUUUUCGCGGAUGUACAGUUAUCGACGGUUAUCUUGAUAUAUCUGUUCAAGGAGGAGUAAAUAUUAUUACUGAGCUUGAGGAAAGUUUACAACAAGUUCGUACUAUCACUGGUUACCUUAAAAUUGCGCGAUCAUAUCCUCUCAUUACCUUGAAUUUUUUCAAAGACCUUGAAACCAUCGAAGGAAAUAUUUUAGAUCGAACAAAUUACUCAUUGGUGGUUAUUGAUAAUCCUAAUCUUCAAGAACUCUUUCCUCUUAAUGAUAAUGGAACUUCUAAGGUGUACAUUAUGCACGGAAAAAUAUUUUUCCACAUUAACCCGAAACUUUGUACGACGAAAAUCAAACAGAUACAUCGAAAAAUUGCGAUCGAAGAUGAUAAAGAUAUCUCACCAUAUUCAAACGGAGAUAAGACUGCUUGUGAAUUGAUCAAACUUAAUCUCACUAUUGCUUCCUCUGGACCAACAUAUGCAUACUUGCAAUGGCCUAAUUUUCUUAAAAAUCUCACCGAUGCGAGAUCUCUGUUGGGGUAUCUAGUUUAUUAUAGAGAAGCGCCGGGUAAUACGACGGUAUCUGUUUAUGGUGGUCGCGAUGCCUGUUAUUCAAAUGGCUGGAAUUCGCUUGAAGUAGAAGCAGAUGAAGACAGGCAGCGAGAUACAACAGUUGAAUAUUUGUUAACUAAACUUGAACCUUUUACUCGUUAUGCGACUUAUGUUAAGACUUAUACUAUCCGAACGCCUAGUGCUGAAGGCAGAGCAGGAGAAAGUUCAAUUGUUUAUUUUCAAACAAAACCAACAACUCCUAGUGAACCAAGAGAUCUUGGAGCAACUGUGUCAAGUUCCUCAGAAAUUAUAGUCCACUGGUCCCCACCGAAAGAGCCUAAUGGAAUUGUUACACACUAUAUGAUAACUGUUACUAAAAUACUUCCGCUGUCUGAGGCAUAUUCUGAUCGUGACUUCUGCUCUGAACCGCUCAAUUACGAAACUCCUAUUAUUCCAGAAGAGAGGAUCAAUGUGUCAAGAUGGCUCCAAGAUGCUGAGAAGGAGAUGAAAGAUGAUGAAAGUGAGGCUACAAAAAACAAUACUGAUUGUUGUCCUUGUCAACGAUCUCUUGUUGAAUAUGAGGACCAAGUUAAAAACACAGUCGAUUUUGAAGACUAUCUUAUCAAUAAUGCGUAUAAAAAAUAUAAUUUAACUCACGAAACAAUGAGCAAACCAGAAAAGCGUAAAAAGCGUUCUCCUAAAAUCGAUCCAACAACUGCUGAUAAUAAUAUAACGGGUCCUUCGACAACAUUGAAACCUCAAGUUGAUGUACCUGAAAUAAGAAAUUAUAUAGCAACAUCAUUAUCAUUACUCAUUCAAAAUCUUACACAUUAUACUGAUUACAAGAUUGCGGUCAGUGCUUGCCAUACUCAAAACACACCGAGCAACAAAGAACCCGAAUAUAAAUUGUGUGGAGAGGCGAGAUACAUUUCACAACGCACUUUAGCAAAAGCUAAUGCGGAUGAAAUCGAUCCUCAAUCUCUGACAGUUGAAGUUUCUAAUGCAAAUAAUUCUCGUGUUGCCUUCAUUAAAUGGGACGAACCUUCUUUUCCUAACGGAGAAAUCCUCUCUUAUCAUUUAGAGUACAAACCUAAUGAAGCAUCUAUGAGUGAUAGUGUUACACGAUGUAUAACUAGAAAGGAAUAUCAAGAAAGCAAAGGAAUUAUCAGGAUUGGCAAUUUAAUCAGUGGAAAAAGUUACGUGUUAAGAGUACGAGCCAUGACAAGAGCGGGUAGAGGAAACUUUACCCGAUACUAUGAGUUUGAGGUUCCAAGUGAUACCUAUUUUUUUAUCUUCCUCGUUCUGGGUCUUGUUUUGUUCAUGCUUUUCACAGCAAUCAUUUCCGUUGGAAUUUUCAUUCGUCGUAAAAUAUCAGGUCAACCAGGUCGAAUGAUUUUCGCCUCUAUUAACCCAGAAUAUAUUACUCAUCAACCCGAUGAAUGGGAGGUAUGUCGAGAAGAUAUAAGUCUUCUCGGGGAUCUCGGUCAAGGAUCUUUUGGAAUGGUUCACUUAGGUGAAAUGAAAAGUAAAGAUCCUGAUGAACCAUCACUAAAAGUGGCAGUUAAAACUGUAACUGAUCCAGCAUUGACAAAAGCAUUUCUCAAUGAGGCUCAAGUUAUGAAGACUUUCGACUGUCAACAUGUCGUUAAAUUACUCGGAGUUGUAUCAACUAGUCAACCACCUUGGGUUAUUAUGGAGUUAAUGCCAAAUGGUGAUCUUCGUAAUUAUUUAUUGAAACAACGUCCAGAUAAUGAGGAUGGAUUACCAACCAAUCCACCCUCUCUCACUGAAAUUUGGAGGAUGUCAGUAGAAAUCGCUGAUGGCAUGGCUUACCUUGGAUCUCGAAAAUUUGUUCAUCGAGAUUUAGCAGCUCGUAAUAUUAUGGUUGCUCAUGAUUUAACUGUAAAAAUUGGUGAUUUUGGGAUGACCAGAGAUAUUUAUGAGACUGAUUAUUAUCGUAAAGAUGGUCAAGGUCUUUUACCUAUUCGAUGGAUGUCACCAGAAUCCAUUCGAGAUGGUAUUUUUAAUUACACUUCAGACGUCUGGUCCUACGGUAUAGUCCUUUACGAAAUGGCCACUCUUGGUGCACAACCUUAUCAAGGUCUUGGCAAUAUGGAAGUAAUUAAAUUCAUAACAGAAGGAGGUACAAUCGAGAAGCCUAAAGGCUGUCCAGAUAAAUUAUUUGAACUCAUGUCUGCAUGUUGGAUGAGAAAUCCAAAGCAAAGACCAACUUUCUUUGAAAUAAUAGAUAACUUGUUGCCCCUGUUUGACUCAGAGAAAUUCAUGAAAGUCAGUUUUUACGCUAAAGCAAAAGCCAAAACCAAAUUAAAAUCUCGCAUAAGACAGGAGAUAACAUGUACAACGCCAUUAAAAAGCUCAACAGCCUGUAAAUACAAUGAAGAUGAUGAGCUGGAGUGUUCCGAACAUGAAAUUGAAAUUGAAGAGACCGAUAAUGGUGAAGAGGUUAAAUUUUUCCCAACCAACAUUGACACCUUAAACUCAGGGAUAGUGGUGUUGGAGGAAUCGGGUGUUGAUGAUAGUGAAUCAACAACUACUACAACAACAACACCCAAACCAAUCGUGAUAAACCAAGCUGAUAAAAACAUCUCCAAUGGAAACAUUAACGAUGUGCUUAAAGUGAAUAAGAAAAAUAUCGGAGAAAAUGGUAAGGGCGGUGGGGGAGGGGGAGGAAUCGGUGUCGGAGGUGGUGUUGGUGUUGUAGUGCGAGUCUCCGGUGAUAAUGAAGUAACCUUAUCUCCUGAUCACGAUAAGGAUCGCAAAUUGAAUCAAACCUCCAAUGGAGGCUUGGUCAAUGGACCUUUAUCCCAUUAUAAUACAACAAUCUGUUGACCAGAGAGAUUUCAGUACAAGUCUGUGUAUUUAUAUUGUAUAUUUAAAAAUCCCAUCUUUUUCUACGAUUUGUAAAAAAAUAAAUUCUGUAAUCACUUAGUAAGAGAUUAUAAUAUCUCCA